AGUGACACAGCCCAUCAUCUCAUUUCGAGUAACCGCCGCCAGCCGUUCUCUCGCUUGCCUGACCAUUAUCUCUCUUUCGUUGAACAAGUACUCUCCGCUUAGUCUGCUCUUCCGCUCCUCAGGCCAUCCCUCGCCGUCAGAAAUUAGAAGACCCAUGACCGUAUAUUCCACCGUCCCACAUCUAUCGCGCUGUCGCGUGUAGAGACAUCGUUUUCCUUUCCAUCAACGUUUCCGUGGCUUUCCUACCGCGCUCGCUCGACUCUUCAAGAGCUCGCUCACAUCUCGCUCGGCGCGCCAUCCAAUGGCUCCAAAUCUAAAGACUCAGCGAAACCUACGGCACGCGUUACCAUCGACAAGCCGCCGGCGGCGCUCGCACGUGCUCUCAGCAUUGCCUGUGCUAGCGGCUGCACUUUUCCUUCCUGCUUUCGCGCUCGCGGCGCGUCCGGAAUUCGCGACGGAACGAACGGGCAAUGCGGAUGAUAGCGUCGUGAUUGCGAGGUACCAAGCGGGGCUCUCCAAGCUCUGUUUGGGAGCCAGUCGUGACAAGGCGCGCGCCGUUAUUGCCAACGCCGAUUACGCUGGUAGCGAUGCCAACGUGGUGCUCGGCUAUUCGCAGGCGACGAACGCCACCUUCAUGUACAUCGGCGGCUCGAGAAUCAAGGGUCCCCGCCGCUGUGUGCCCCCGGGUCUCUUGGACGUGUACACCUACUACCCCUCUACAGAUAAGUUCGUCAAGGGCGACCUCCGCAGCCUGCCCGAGCGUGUAGUGGAUUCGUCGUACGUCGUCUCGCUGACAGUGCCAUCCGCGUUACAAGGCACCCCUCAAGUGAACCUGGACGUGUCGAACAUGUACCCUACAGUUCUGGAGGUUGACGCAACGCAAACGGUGUCAGCUCCCCCUAUGUCGCAGGCGAAUUUCACACUUUCUGGGUCUGACCUUUCUUCUCCAUCCGACCCCUACGGAAUGGUUUCCUCUUACCUCGAAAAAUUCGGCGCAAAGGCCGACACAAACGACCUCUCGGGUGCGAUCCUCGUGACAUAUGAUCCUUAUAUCGAGUCGCACGUUGUGGUGUACAUGAUUUACCGGCCGGUCUACAGCCCUGCGGCGGUUGUGCAGCAGUACUGUAACGCGAACGCGCCCUGCUAUUUCGCGUAUGAGAUGGUUGGGAGGUACUCGGCCCCGCAGAGCGUGUUUGCACGAAGGAGAAGGCUGCUGGUAACAAGUACGAGUAGUGAUACUAUUUCGGCGUAUGGCACGUGUGUGCGGUAUGUUUGGAAGCCCGUGUGCCAGUGCUACAGAACAGUGCCCUGCUGAUGAAGGUGAACGUAUAGACUUCCUUUAGGUGUGUCCCUCAGGCGCUCCCUCUCUUCUAGUAGUUGUCUUCUGCAAGGGAAAUUAGAGCUAGCAAGCUGUGGAUAAUCCGUACAAAGAAGUUGAGCACGCUGUAUAUUAACCUGUAUUUUCGUCUAGGCUCUGGUCGGGUGUUGUGAAAUGAGUAGAACGAGAUAG